AUGCCGGGCGCGACCGACACCGUCAUCAUCGCGCUCACGAUCCUCCUUCCCCUCCUCUACUUCUUCCGCAACUCCCUCCCCUUCAUCGGCGGAAAGCCCAAAAAUGCUCCGUCUGCAGCCCUUUCCGAGAAGACCGCGGUAGAAGAGGGCGAUCCCGCCGAUUUCGUUGGCAAAAUGGCCAGAGCUGGCAAGCGCUGCGCCAUCUUCUAUGGCUCCCAGACUGGCACCGCGGAAGAAUACGCGAUCCGGCUCGCGAAAGAAGCCAAGUCUCGGUUCGGCAUCUCCUCUCUCGUUUGCGACCCCGAAGAAUAUGAAAUGAACUUGCUCGACCAGGUCCCUGAAGACGCAUGUGUCAUCUUCGUCAUGGCCACCUACGGCGAGGGCGAACCUACGGACAAUGCCAAUCCUCUGAUGGAAUUCCUCGCAGAGUCCGAACCCGAAUUCUCCCAAGGCGGUAAUACUUUGGAAAACUUGAACUAUGUGGUCUUUGGUCUCGGAAACAAGACCUACGAGUUCUACAACGAGGUCGCCAAAAAGCUCGACAGCAGAUUGACUGAGCUUGGAGCCAAAAGGAUUGGUGAACGAGGCGAAGGGGAUGACGACAAGAGCAUGGAGGAAGACUACCUGGCCUGGAAGGAUCCCAUGUGGACUGCCUUCUCUGAGCGUCUUGCUGUCGAGGAGGGUGGUGCUGGCGAUGUCGCCGACUUUGUUGUGAAGGAGCUGCCCGAUUACGCCCCCGAGAAGGUCUACCAUGGCGAAUUUUCCCCUCGUGCCCUUCUCGCAUCAGCCAGCGGCGGGAGCACUCCUGUGGGCGCAUAUGGUGCCAAGAACCCCUUCCCUGCCCCUGUCCUUGCUUCUCAAGAGCUGUUCAACGUCGGCGGUGACAGAAACUGUGUCCACAUCGAAUUCGACAUUACCGGCUCUGGCAUGAACUACCAACACGGCGACCAUGUGGGCGUCUGGCCUUCUAAUCCCGACGUUGAGGUUGACCGAUUCCUUGCUGUUCUUGGCCUCAGUGACCCUCACAGGCGCCAGGCCAUUGUUGACAUCGAGUCUCUCGAUCCCGCUCUGGCCAAGGUCCCCUUCCCUACUCCUGCUACCUACGAUGCCAUUUUCCGUCACUAUCUCGACAUCUCCGCCGUGGCUUCCCGCCAAACGAUUGCCUUCCUUGCUCGUUACGCGCCUACUGAAGCUGCUGGCGCCAAGCUCACGCAGUGGGGCAAUGACAAGGAAGCAUAUGCCAAAGAAGUCGACGGCCCUGCCUUGAAGUUGGCCGAAGUCCUCCAAGCUGCCAGCGGCGAUUCUGUCGAGGAGCCUUUUGCCUCGCAGACUGUCUGGUGUAUUCCCUUUGAUCGUAUCGUCUCUUCCAUUCCUCGUCUUCAACCCCGAUACUACUCCAUCUCGUCAUCCGCCAAGCUCCACCCCAACGCCAUCCACGUGACCGCGGUUGUACUCAAGUACCAGCCCGAUGCGUCCCCCGUGCACCACCACGAGCCGCGAUGGGUCUUUGGUCUUUCUACCAACUUUAUCCUCAAUGUCAAACUCGCCCAGUCUGGCGAGAACGCUCCUUCUGCCGGCGACGCUGCUCAGCAGGUCACCAUGAAGAAGAUUCCCCAGUACAAGCUGGCGGGCCCUCGUGGCAACUAUGUCAAGGAAAACGUCUACCGAGUCCCUAUUCACGUGCGAAGGAGCACUUUUAGACUGCCUACUUCUCCCAAGGUUCCAAUCAUCAUGAUCGGUCCUGGAACUGGUGUCGCUCCUUUCCGAGGCUUCGUGCAAGAACGUGUUGCCCUCGCCCGCAAAGCUAUCGAUAAAAACGGACCUGAUGCCCUCAAAGACUGGGCCCCCAUGUAUCUGUUCUACGGGUGUCGACGUGCCGGCGAAGACUUUUUGUAUCAGGACGAAUGGGCGCAGUACGAGGAAGAACUCAAAGGUGUUUUGAAGAUGAAAGUGGCCUUCUCUCGAGAGAUGACCAAGCCUGAUGGCAGCAAAGUCUACGUACAGGACCUCAUCCACGACCUUGCCUCUGAACUCGCUCCGCUCAUCAUCGACAAGCGCGCAUAUAUCUACAUCUGCGGCGACGCCAAGAACAUGUCGAAGGCUGUCGAGGAGAGACUUAUGGAGAUGCUUGGGCAGGCGAAGGGCGGAAGUGCAGCAGUCGAGGGGGCCAAGGAGCUGAAGACUUUGAAGGAGAGAAAUAGAUUGAUGACCGACGUCUGGAGCUAG